AUGCUCGCCUGGCUGCCCUCGUCCGCCCCACCGCCCCUCGGUCAGCAACAACAGCCCCAACCCCACGCUUACACGCCCACGCGCCCUUCGCCUCUCGCCCCACGGUCUACAAAUGUUCUUCAACGGCCUGUGCCUACCAACCAGACGACCAUGGACGCGCAGAAAAAGUCGCCUCGCGCCGCGCGACCAAACCCCCUGAUGCAGCGCAGCUCGGCAGACGCGACGCGAGAGCGUCGACGCGACUUGUUUUUGCGAAAAGUCUCAAAUGAUCGCGACGAGCGGCGGUAUGCGGGAAGGAGCGAACAGAUUAUGCGCCUGGACUACGUGCAGCGGCAGCGGGCGUGGGAGGCGAGGCUCGCGAAAUCGGCACCUACUCUUCCUGAGCCGGACGAAGAGGACGAGGUCGAAGAAGACGUGAAGCCAACUGCCAGUGCUCAUGCUUAUGACGAGGAUGACAUGAUGAUUGGGAGUAGCCAGAGUGAACAGGACGCGUAUGGCUACAAUGCUCGGUUGACCCAGUCCGCUCCGCUUGCAGAAGCUGAGGUCGAAGAUGUUGUGGCCCAGGAAGACGAAGAGCUGCGUGCGUUGCUGGCGAUGAUGGAGGAGGACGAGCUUCCUGCUGGCGACGAGUUCGACUAUGGCAGCGAUGAGGACGAUUACGACAGCAUCUUCAUGGAAGCACUCCAGCAAGAAGAGCAACAGCAGCAGGGAAGACAAGAGCAUAUGUCUGAAGAACAUGAUUACGACGCCAUGGACAUGUCAUAG